UGGAUGAUUAGAUAUUUCCGUUAAUGAGCAGCUGAACAGGCGGUUAGUCUUAAAUUAACCGUCUUCAUCUAUGACUGUAAUUCGAAAUUGCGACUUUAUUCUCAAAAUGAUCUUUACGUGGCGAACUUGUUCGCUCCUCAAAAACAAAAGUGCACAGUGACUUCCCUCUAGCGCUCCGGGUUUGUAUUUCAUGCAGAGGCUCGUCAUGGCGGCUCAGACCCGUGCUCUGGUGUCAGGUCAGUGGCUGGCAAAUGCUGUCAGAAAUGACCUGAUCGGUCCCAAGCUUCGCGUUCUCGACGCUUCUUGGUACCUGCCGAAAGCCAAACGGAACACCAGAGAGGAGUUUGCGCAGAAGCACAUCCCGGGCUCGUCCUUUUUCGAUUUGGACGAAUGUUCCGACAAGAACUCUGCGUUUGAUCAUAUGUUGCCAACUGCCAGCUACUUUUCGCAAUAUGUGGGAGAUCUGGGCAUCGGGAAUGACACGCACGUCGUCGUGUACGACACCAGCGACACCGGGGCGUACAGCGCGCCCCGCGUGUGGUGGAUGUUCCGGUUGUUCGGGCACAGUUUGGUGUCGCUGCUGGAUGGUGGCUUCAAGAACUGGCUGGUUGACGGCUAUCCGGUGACGUCCGAGUACUUGAAGCCGGAGAGCAGAGAGUUUAAGGCCACUCUGAACCAGUCGUGGGUUAAAAGCUACGAGGACGUGCUGGAAAACAUCAGAACCAAGCAGGUCCAGGUUGUGGACGCCAGGUCUCCUGGCAGGUUCAAGGGUACUGAGCCAGAGCCCCGAGAUGACAUACUGCCUGGACAUUACCCCGGAGCGAUCAACAUACCAUAUACAACUUUACUGGAUCCCUCUGGAAAGGUGAAGGAUACCGAGAGCCUGGCUGAGAUUUUCAAGGAUGCAGGGGUGGACAUGACCCGACCGUUCUGGGCUUCUUGCGGCUCAGGCGUCACAGCGUGUCAAGUCAUUCUGGCCGCCCACCUGCUCGGGCAUCCCGGGGUUUGCCUUUAUGAUGGUUCCUGGUGCGAGUGGUUUCAAAAGGCAUCACCAGAACUUAUCAUCUCAGAGGGGGAGGGAAAGAAGGCGUGAGGGGAAAGUCACUUCUUUAGAGAGAGCUAAGCUACAGGUGUAUCUGACCUGACCGUGUUGGUGUUUCUCCCACAGCAUCACAGUGUUGCUCAAGGACUGUGAUCGCAAAUGACCAGUUGCAUAGAUGUGUGAGGUGAUUGCUUUCAGACUUUGGCUUUCAAAAGUCAUGUGAAGUGACAAAGAGCAAUCUGGCAAGUUGGUUGGCUUGAACCGUUUAGUUAGGGUUAGGACCAUAUUUUUUCACAAAUGUUAUGCAGGGGAGACAAAUUGCUUUGGGUUAACAAGAGCCUAGGUGUCAAGACAAGAAGCGGAAAGAACACCCUCGAUAGGUCUAAGGCUAAGCAGCACAGACGGCCAGUCAUGUUCGCACCGGCACAUUUAGAAUUGCCAGUUAGCCUAGGACUGUUGGACUGCGAAAGAAAGCUGGAGACAACCCACAAAAACAGGUGAAUAACACCCAAACUCCCCCCAGGAGGUCGGUCCAAACCCAGGACCUUCUUGUUAUGUGGCACCAAUUCUAACCACUGCAUCUCCCCCAUGACACACCCAUAUUUGUUUUACACAGUUUUAAAGGUUAGAGUUCAAUAAAAAAUGUUGUUUUUUUCCCCCCCAUCUUAUUUCUCAAAGUCGCAGAGCUGUAACUGGUCACUUGCGCUGAUGGUCCUCAAGCAACAUGCAUUAUUAUGCUGUAGGAACAGCACCAACACGGGGACAGCAGAUUGUGCCUGAACUUUAAACCUACGCCUUAACAUCCUUCCCCCCCCCCCGAGUAUAUUAUACACACUAUAGGUUGUAAGGUUCCUCAGCUGUAAGAAACCUUUCAAAUAAUUUAAUAAUUAAUGUUUUAAGCAAAUGUAACAUUCUAAAGUUUCACUUCAUAUGUAUUGUUUUGGUUCUUUCUUUAACCAAAAGUGAUGCAUUAGAAUUCCAUUACAAUAACCUGAAUAUGUUAUGUGCUUCCGUUUUGAUGGGGUACCACCACAGGUAUCUUCUUUUUCUUUUAAAAGUAAGUCUAGCUCACAAGGUGGAGGAAAACGUGCAUUGGGUAACCAGUAAAGUAAAUAUUUAGCUUUGUUAGAAGGCCACACAGGGCAAAAUUCACUGUUGAUCAGAUAUAGCUUCCUCAGGUGACCUCGCAGGGUUGUAGGAAACAGGUUGUUUCAGAUCCUGUUUUUUUCUUUUUUUUUUUUUGGGGGGGGGGUAGGUUAAAAUGUCUUGAUUUUUUGCUUUCACUUGAUCGGACUGUGUAAAAGUUGCAAGUUUUGAAAACGUAAGUCACUGUAAUUCAUUUAGUGUGCACCCAAGAAGAAAUAAUAAUAAUAAAAAUCUAAUUAAAAGUA